GCAGCUUUGAUUAGGCUUCUGUCACGUGGGGGGGGGAGGCGGCCCGGCCAAUCGGGGCGGGAGGCGAUGCAUAUAAAGCAGGGCCGGCGGGGCGCACCGUACCUGGCGGCGGGAUCGGGCCCCCGAGGGAGCGCUGCGCCCCGAGGAUCCUCGAUGGCAGCGGGGAUGGAGGCUGCGAUGGGGUUGGUGAGGAGCGCCGGGGGUGUCUCAGCCACCGAGGUCCUGCUGGCGGCCACCGUCUUCUGUCUGCUCCUGCUGCUCACCCAGCCCCUGCGGCGCCGCGUGCCCAAGGGGCUGAAGCCCCCCCCGGGUCCCCGCGGGCUCCCCGUGGUGGGCAACGUGCUGGAGCUGAGGAAGGACCCGCACCUGGCCCUGACGCGGCUGAGCCAGAAGUACGGGGACGUGAUGGAGGUGGCCAUCGGCUCCCAGCCCGUGCUGGUGCUGAGCGGGCUGGACACCCUGCGGCAGGCGCUGGUGAGGCAAGGGGAGGACUUCAUGGGGCGCCCCGACCUCCCCAGCUUCCGACUCAUCGCGAACGGGCAGAGCCUGGCCUUCAGCCCCGAGGCGGGGGAUGCGUGGAAAGCGCGCCGCAAGCUGGCCCAGAACGCCCUGAAGACUUUCUCCAUUGCCGCCAGCCCCACGUCGUCCUCAAGCUGCCUCCUGGAGGAGCACGUCUCCAAGGAGGCCGCCUACCUGGUCACCAAGUUCCUGCAGGUGAUGGAGGAGGAGCAGAGCUUUGACCCGUGCCGCUACCUGGUGGUCUCGGUGGCCAACGUCAUCUGCGCCAUGUGCUUCGGCAAGCGCUACGACCACAACGACCAGGAGCUGCUCAGCCUGGUCAACGACAGCAACGAAUUUGGGGACGUGGCGGCUUCUGGUAACCCCUCGGACUUCAUCCCGCUGCUGCGCUACCUGCCCAGCCGCUCCAUGGAUCUCUUUAAGGACAUCAACAGGCGCUUCAACAUGUUCAUAGAGAAAAUUGUCCAGGAGCAUUACGCCACCUUUAACAAGGAGCACAUCAGGGACAUCACAGACUCGCUGAUCGGGCACUGCCAGGAGAGAAAGACAGCAGGGGAGGACACCAACCUCCAGCCCUCCAACCAGAGCAUCAUUGCCAUCGUCAAUGACCUCUUUGGGGCAGGCUUUGACACCGUGACAACCGCCCUGUCCUGGUGCCUCAUGUAUGCCGCCUCAUACCCUGACAUGCAGAAGAGGAUCCAGGCUGAACUGGAUCAGACCAUCGGCCAGGAGAGGAGGCCGCGGCUGUCGGACCGAGGCACGCUGCCCUACACGGAAGCCUUCAUCCUGGAGACGUUCAGGCACUCUUCCUUCCUGCCCUUCACCAUCCCACACAGGACAACAAAAGCCACUGCUCUGAAUGGCUACUACAUCCCCAAGGACACCUGCGUGUUUGUCAACCAGUGGCAGGUGAACCACGAUGAGAAGCUCUGGCAGGACCCCUCCGCCUUCAAGCCCGAGCGGUUCCUCAACGCAGCCGGGACCGAGAUCAACAGGACGGAGAGCGACAAAGUGCUGACGUUUGGCCUGGGGAGGAGGCGCUGCAUCGGCGAGUCCAUCGGCCGCUGGGAGGUCUUCCUCUUCCUCACCACCCUGCUGCAGCAGCUGGAGUUCAGCCUGGCCCCCGGCGAGGCGGUGGACCUCACCCCUCAGUACGGGCUGACCAUGAAGUACAAGAAGUGUGAGCGCUUCCAGAUAAAGAGGCGCCUCCCCUCCAACGGCUCGCUGUGAGGCAGCGAAAAAUAAAGGCGAUAAAUGACUUUUUGGGUCGGGCGCCUCCGCUCGUGCUCCCGGCGUGGAGCUGCUCCUGGUACCACCUUGCUUCACCACAGGCAUCCUCGUGCUCAGGCUGAAGAGGAAUUUGCAUGAUGAAUCCCUGAGUGUUUGCACCCCGGAGGUGCCCUGAGGACUGGAAAUGUGUGAUUUAGGUCAUGCUGCCCACAGGUCAUGGUGGUAGCUGCCCCCAAAGGAGAAGCCUCCUGGGCAAUACCAAAUGAACGAGAGCCAGGGACGCAAAGCAAUGAGAGGCACAGUAAAAUGCUUCUGGACUAUGUAUUUGCUGCUUCAACUAGUAUUUUUCUAACAAUAGAUCGGUAUAUUCUGACUAAUUGAGGGCUGCAGGAGAUGCAUGGAGCAAGUCUUCCUGGCACAUGGAGCAGGAAUUUGUGCUGCUUUCUGGGGGCUGCAUGGAGAUGCAUCCAUCUGCAGAGAGAAAUGGCAUGGGAUUUCUAACCCAAUAAAUGCUUUUAUGAAAGUUU